AUGGCGCUUGCGACUAUGUACGCGAAAUGCGAAAGCUUCCUGCUACCGAAGUUACAUGGAUUCAUCAUCGACCACAAGGCGAGGCCAGGGAGUACUGAGGAAGCACAUUGGGUGGCAGAGCAGCUUUCUUCAUUGGGCUUACAGUCUACCAUUAUUCCGCUCACAUGGCCCGAAGGCUUCGACUUCAAACAUAAAAGCCGAUUCGAAUCCGUAGCACGUGUAUUGCGGUACCAAGCGCUGGGAACUGCAUGCAGAGACAAGGGCAUCAAGUCGCUGUUUUUAGGCCACCAUGCGGACGAUCAAGCAGAGACGAUCAUGAUGCGCUUAGCGACUGACCGCCUAAGGUCUGGGCUCCUAGGAAUGAGGCCCAUCGAGUGGAUGCCGGAGUGCCAUGGUAUCCACGGUGUGUCUCACAGUGGCAGCCCCGCGUCAGAAAGGGAUUCUAUGUCCUCACUGUUUGAACAUGGCGGCAUCCAGGUUCUGCGACCAUUAUUGGCAUUUGAGAAGAGCAGGCUGAUCGCGACGUGCGAGACGCACGACACACGUUGGGCAGAAGACAAGACGAACCAGGACAGAACACUAACUGCACGGAACGCCAUUCGCCACAUCUUCAGCAACCACAAGCUUCCUGUGAACUUGUCGAAAGAUUCUAUGUUAGCCAUCGCUCAAAGAACUCGUUCACGAGUAGACACGCAUAAAGCUGCAGCAGACAAACUUUUUGACUCUUGCCUUUUGAAACUCGACAUCCAGACCGCAUCCCUCGUCGUGCGUCUUCCACCUGUCAAGGCCUUGUACAAAAAUCCUACCCAUGUUCCUUCGUCAUCAGAAAAGCUGCAAGCCCGAAACACAGCCCACUAUCUCCUGCGACGGGUUGUAGAGCUGGUUUCUCCCCAAGAACGUCCGAUGCAAGAGAGUAUCGCCAAUGCCGUCCUCGCUAUCUAUCCCACCCUUGCCAGGGGAGGACUCCAAGAAGGCGUUUCCCAACAAAGGGUAAUCAAUAGCAACUUGUGCUUAUGGACUAAAACCACAACUGCUUUCGACUGCUCCCCAGAAGACGGGACUGUUCCUCAAACUAACGAAUGGUUAAUCUCGCGGCAGCCGCCCUACCGCGAAGCUGUCGUAUCAAUAAAUUUUCCGCCAAAGCAAACGUCAGGCUGGCAACUCUUCGACGGCCGCUUCUGGGUUUGCGUGCAUAAUCUGACAGAUCGACCCAUCAUCAUGCGGAUGCUCACUGAUUCAGAGCUUGAAAAGAUAUUGCAGAACGCCCCUAAUGGAAAUUUGAACCCCUUUGAUCGAGAGGAAAGAAUGUUCGGUCGCAGACAGAUGCGUUCUAUUCUCUAUGCAAUCAAACCGCAUGCCCUACGCCGCCAUCUCCCAGCACUGUUCCUCGCGCCUGCGAACGCACAGCAGGAACCGACUCUCCUCGCCCUUCCCACACUUCAAUCUAGCCCUGACACGAGGCAUGCCGACCAGAGCCGGUGGGACUGCACGUGGGAAGUGCGCUACAAGAAGGUCGACCCUGGAGCGCGUACACUUUCCGAUAUUGUACACAAGCCUGUGUAUCACAGCGUUGAGGGCAGUCCUUCAGUACAAAAGCAAGAGACGACGAGAGCGUAUUUUGACUCACUCCCAGGAAUGGAUACACCACGGGUUCCGAAGCGAAAGAAGGUCAAAAGCUGGAAGGUUUGA